AUGCAUUCCACAUCAAUCCUUAAGACAUUGGUUCUCGGCCUUAUGGCCACGGCGCCACUCGCCGCCGGAUAUACUGCCGAAGCUGGCGUUCACGAUGUCGAAAGACGUUAUGUUGGGUCACUUGCCUCUAUAGCCUCGAAAGUGGCCAGGGCAGUCAUCCCAGAAAUUGAACGUCGCCACCAUACCGAGAGUCAGAUCGCGGCAAAGGAAGCUGCUGCUAAGAAGAAGCACAAUGCCCGAUCCGCUCAAGCUCCUGACGAGUUUGGCCCGUGGGACAGCACCGAGGACGAGUUUGGCUCCUGGGUCGAUAAACGCUCGCCUCACCACACCGAAAGUCAGAUCGCGGCAAAGGAAGCUGCUGCUAAGAAGAAGCACAAUGCCCGAUCCGCGCAAGCUCCUGAUGAGUUUGGCCCGUGGGACAGCACCGAAGAUGAAUUUGGUUCCUGGGUCGAUAAACGCUCGCCCCAUCACACUGAGAGUCAGAUCGCGGCGAAAGAAGCUGCUGCUAAGAAGAAGCACCAAGCCAGACACCACACUGAGAGUCAGAUCGCAGCGAAAGAAGCCGCCGCGGCCAAGAAACACAAUGCCCGAUCCGCGCAAGCUCCUGAUGAGUUUGGCCCGUGGGACAGCACCGAAGAUGAAUUUGGUUCCUGGGUCGAUAAACGCUCUCCUCACCACACUGAGAGUCAGAUUGCCGCGAAAGAAGCUGCUGCUAAGAAGAAGCACCAAGCCAGACACCAUACUGAGAGCCAGAUUGCGGCAAAGGAGGCCGCCGCGGCCAAGAAACACCAAGCUCGAGCGCCACACCAUACUGAGAGUCAGAUCGCGGCCAAAGAAGCGGCAGCAGCGAAAAAGGGACACAACUAA